AUGACAUCAAAAUCAACCACCAUCACAACACAACCAUCAUCAUCAUCAUCAUCAACAUCAUCAUCGACAUCCGUACCAACUCGGAUGACACAUCGAUGUUUGGAAAAUCUUGAACUAUUAUACAUCUUUACUAGUCAUUUGAGCACAUCAGAUUUAGUGAAUUGUUUAAGGAUCUCUAAACUUUGGCAUCAAGUUUCAUCUUAUCAUCUUUGGUCAUCUAAACCAUUAUCGAUUCCAAGUCUCAAAUCAAAUCAUUUCUUAAACUCAUCAAUCCAUCAAUCAAGUUUGACUUUUCCUAUCAUCAAUUCAUUAAACAUCAAUCUAAGUCAAUUCUCAACUAAAUCAAUCUUUAUCAAUCAUUCAAAUCAAAUCAAAUUUCAAUCUAUCUUUAAAUCUAUCAACUCAAUCACUCUAAAGAAUUCAUGUAACUUGUCUUGUUUUCUACCUUCACCUUCAAACUUCAAUUCGACUAGAACUUCUCUCAUCUUAAACCAUCGUCAGCAAAUUCAAGAAGCUCGUCAAGAGUUUUAUAAGACUUUGAUCAAUCAGAUCUUGACACUUGAAGAUUUGGUGGAUUUGAAUUUGAUCAACUUUUUACAAUCGGAUUCGAAUUCGUCAAACGGAAGAGAAUCAACCACCAACACCAACCAUCCUGAUCAACAACCACAACAACCACAAGCGGAAUCUAGUUCAUCAUCACAAAGCCAUCCUCAAAAACAAUUGUCUCAUCAAGUUGACAUCAACGACUUUCUGAUCAAAUUAUCAAAUGGAUCUCAAACUACAUCCCAUCAAAUCACACUAAAGUCAUUAAAUAUCACGACCAAUCAUCACUUGACGGACGAAUCAUUAAAUGCAUUAUCAAGACCUAAUCCGUUAUCCGAUUCGUUUCAAAACCCACAUCUAUCAUCUUAUCUAACCAAUCUAACGCUCAUAGAUUGUCCAGAGCUCACUCAAGAAGGUUUCUUUAAGUUUUUGAAAUCAUGUGAGAAUUUAAAAACACUCAAGAUUGGAAAAAUGAAUCAACUUUUUAAAGUAGAUGAUCUUCAUCAUCAGUCUUCUAAACCUUCGUUUGAGUCUAGAGAGAAUUUAAACCUUUUUGAUUGUUUGGCAAACCGUUGGAAUGGUGAAUUAAGUUUACUGAUCAUUCAAGAUAUUUCGGUUUUACUUGAUACACCCACUCAUUUCUCUAGUUUGAAAAUCCAACUUGAGACCUUACAUUUCGAUCGAUGUCACAUCACAUCUAAUCUAAUUAAAUCGUUUCCUUCAUUAAAACAUCUUAGUUUAUAUCAUUCUUCUAUAGAAGAUUUCACAUCAUUUGAUUAUUCUGAUGCGAAUUGGUUUAGGAAUCCUUCACAGAUUAAGGUCAGGGCUGAUGGGCUGGAUGAUUCGAGGGGUGAUCGACAACUUGGGAUGAUCGAUUCGAAGCUUGGGUAUAUGAGAAGUAGGCAGUUUUGGUUCUUUGGUUCGGUUGAACCGGUUUGGAUUAUGGAUCGAGAAUUGGAAUUGGAAUUGGAAUUGGAUGAAGAUGAAAAUGAUCAUGGGUUUGGGUUUGGGUUUGGUCACAAAAGGUUAAUGAAGAAUGAAAUCAGAUUAUUGAAAUCAAGGUGUAGAAAUUUAAUGAAUGUUUGGGUAUGA